CUCUAGCGGGCGACUAACCUCCACUGGAGUCGACAGAUUGAGGCCCUAAGAACAAAACCUCCACUACCGGAGUAAAUCCGGUACAGAAUAGUGAGUUGGCUCCUCGACUAAAGUCACCAACUCCCUACCUUCAAUCAAGGAUACUCUAUUAACCUAGGCAGAUAUUCUCAUUCUAGGUUAAAGCAGAAACAACAGGAAUUUGAUCAGGAUUCAAGUCAUUCAAUCAUCAAAACCUCAAUCGAAUAUAAUCAAUCACAGAAUCAGUACUUGGGUUCAUACAAUCAAAGCCUAACAUACAAAUCUAGGGUUCUCCAUACCCAGAUGAAUGGGAGAACUACUCCAUAGAGAAGAAAGCAAAAGCAGAAUCAGACACGGAAUUCAUACUGCGAAGGAUGGAUUCCUGCUUCUGGACGUUGAUCGGCACUUCUCCAAGCUCAAGCUGGCCUCCAAUGGUGUUGAAGAUCAAUCUAGGGCACUUGGGAACUCUUGCUCGUCACUUUCUCUCUCUAGGAAUCGUUCUCUCUCUCCAAAACUCGAAUCCUCCCGAAUUGUGGCUGAAAUUCUGCUUAAAAGGAGAAAAUCCCGACUCACACGGCCAGGGUGGCACGGCCGUGAAGCUCACCCAGUUGCCCGUGUGAGUCAAAACGCAUCGUUUCAUUUAGUUCGAAUUCCAGGCUCUUUGCACGGCCAGAAUGGCACGGCCGUGUGGACAUCCCCUCUUGCCCGUGUUUGCUCUCGCAGAAUGUGGCACGGCCAACCCGGCCACUUGCACGGCCGUGUCGAUCCUCUGCUCUGCCUGUGUGUGCUCUCGGCAAAAUUCGCACGGCCAGGCCAUUACUUCGCACGGCCAGGCCAUUACUUCACACGGCCGUGUGAACAUCAGGGCAGCCCGUGUGACCUCCUUUGUGACUUGUCUCGCGCCCGAUCUUCACCCAAUCGACCCCGAACUCGCUCCUAAACCUUCAUUCACUUGCCAGGACCUGAAAUAUCACAAACAAGCACAACCUAGCGUGAAAUCGGUCUAAAACACGAGAAACCACAUCUCAAACGGUGUAAGAACAGGGGUGAAAACAUGUGUAACUAACGGUCUAUCAACAAUGCUGACCAAAUAAUGCGGUCGGAAGCUGGAAUCAAUGAACCCAAACACAGAGGAAGGGACAAAGGGAGAAAGAUACAAGUUGUGGACGAUUUGCUAUGAUACCAUCCAUAGUGAACAGAUCACAAUUUAUUUAUAAGGACUAAAAUAUUGGAGGCGGCACAACAGAGUGAGAAGCGCUAGGUGGAUGCUGUCUCGCACUCUCAUAGUUGAGUGUCUGAGUCUCUGAGACUGAAAGUGAAAGCCGAAAGGGAAUAGGGUGAGGGUCGACUAAGGGUAAGGGCCGAAAUGGCCAAGGCCCAAUGCCACAUUUCUGAAUUAGUGAAUUGGGCUGGGGCGCUGGGUUGUGGGCUAUUUUUGCUUUGUAGUAAAUGGGUAAAACGGGUACCCACAUUACCCAAACGGGUAUUUGCGGGUAACCCGCGGGUACCCAUAUUAGGAAUGUACAAUCCCAAUUCCCAUUCGUUUAUAAUAUUACGGGUAAUAUGGGUACCCGUAACCCUUAAAAAACGGAACGGGUACGGGUAUACCCAAAUACCCGUUUCCCGUUGCCCACCCCUACCAUACUGUGAAGGAUGAUAAUCUGCUUCUGGCACUCAAUCAGGUCUUCUCCAAGCUCAAGUCAGGCUCCAAUGGUGAUGGAGAUCGAUCUAUGACACUUGCAGAGUCAGGUUCGUCACUUUCUCUCUAGGUAUCGCUUUUUCUCACUAAAACUCCGAACCCCCCUCCUUUGGCUGGAAAUUGGGUUAAAACCCAGAAAUUCCCGACUCACACGGCCAGGCCACACGGCCGUGUGACUUUCCCAUCUGCCCCUGUGGCUUUGCAAAAUGCGGCGUUUCGUUAAGUGACUUCAGGCUUCCUACACGGCCAGACCCACACGACCGUGUGGAUUUCCAGGAUGCCCGUGUGAGUUCCCUGGAAUUUCCACACGGCCACAAGGGGUCCCUUACACGGCCCGUGUGAUUUUGCCCGUGCAAUUCGAUGUCACACGGUCAGGUCACACGGUCGUGUAGGUUUUAGGCGUGCCCGUGUGGCUCCAUCAGCUUCCCGCCAAAUGUCCAAUCUUCGUCCAAUCGACCCCGAACUCGUUCCCAAGCCUUCAUUCACGUACUAGGACCUGCAAUAUCACAAACAAGAACAACCUAGCGUGAAAUCGGCCUAAAAUGCGAGAAUCGACAUCUCAAACGGCUCAAGAAUAGGGGUAAAAACAUGUGUAAUUAAUGGUCUAUCACUCACCCAACCCAAAACCUUCGAUUUAGCGAUAAAUACGGGUGGGUUGGGUUGGGUCGGGUAGGACGGAUGGGUCGGUUUGCGGGUGUGUUUGUUCACCCCUAAAUAAAAGGGUGGUAUAAUAUCUGGUACAGUUUCACAAUCCUUGCAACAAACACAUCACCUCGUCGGUAAGUAAACAAACCAUGAUCAGUUCGACUGGGAACAAAAGCGAGCUCCAGAUUAGAACGAGUGAACUUCUUAUACCAAUUCCGAGAGGCCUGACGUAAACCAUAGAUAGACUUGUGUAACGGAAGACUCACGUAUCACUAGUGCUAGAAAAAAACCAUGUAAGGUAAUUCACUACUUUGCAACUCAUUUUGGUCUGAACUAGAUAGAAUUAUCCCCAAACAAGACUAAGACGACGCUCCUUCAACAGUAAUUCCUGAACAAUAAAACAGUGCCCACUUCGAUACCUGUCGCCUCGCUUGCUCUCUCUCUCUCAAGAAUCAAGACGGAUUGCAAAA